GCUAUGUCGGAUUUGCUUCUGUCAAAUGCUUCAUACUUCUUUMUAGUGAUACUCUACCCGCCGUUGCCCAGUGUUUGAAAAUAACUAAAUGUUCAGUAAACUACCAAGAGCAACAUUUAAACUUGCCAAAUAUAUUGCUAGCGAUGAAGGUAUUUGUAAAUUGUCGAGUCGUCGAUAAAGCUCUGUGGCCUCCCUUCAGUCGAACUUUGACUUCUUUUACCAGCGAAGAAAAUUCGGGAAGGUUUAGUGAUUCUUCUGAGAGUGAGUCRGAUUUCGGUGCAGUUGGUGGCCAAGUAGAGCCUUACAUGUUCGAGCCGGAGGCAGUGGAGGGAGCUGGUGUUGUAGUAGAGGAAGAGGAUGAAGACGGCCUUUCGCCUGAUAUUCUCGAAGCCAGAAAAGAAAAACGGAUCCCUGUUAGUGUUUGGUGUAAGUGUGGAGCAUGUGGUGACAAUUUGCUCUCAGAUGCAAGGGAGUAUAGAUGCUGUCAGGAAAUCCUGUCAGCAUCUGGAAAACUUGUCUGAAGUAGUUGUGGCAGCUUGCAUAACAGGACAUCCUGAUUUCAGUGCCAUGACAAAUACCACGGUACUGGAAAAGAUUUGUCCUUUACUUAGAGACAAGCAUGGUUGCUGUUACAAAUUCCCUGCUCAUGGAUCACGGACAGCUAAAAAUGAGUCAUUGUGUGCCUCAGGUUACAGGUUUUUAGCAAGGUGGAUUUUUGGUCCCCUUGGGUGGGAUAAUGCAAGGCCUCUACCUGCUUGCAUUUACACUAAGUUGAGGAGAAGUUUCCCUACCCCUGAAGCAAGGGGAUAUUCCUAUGAAACUAUAUAUAUAUACAUGAUGUACAAUGUUAUAAUAAUGAUUUCAAAUUAAUAACUUCGUAAUAAAAGAUACAAGAAAUUUCAAUAGAGUGUUGUCUAUCAUCAUCAGAAUCUGAAAACUAAAGUGAAUAUAUUACCAUUUGGAAAAAACUUAGUUUCCUGAAGCUUUCGUUUCCUGUACUUCUCCACAGCCACCUUUCUUGAGCACUUCUCUUGAAACUGUGAAUUAAGGGGAGCAGGAGCAGGAACCUUUUCCUUGUACCUGCCCAAUAUUGCAGCGUUUUCUUCCACAGAAGAGGUGAACAUGAUUUUUUUUACUUCAUCCACAUAAUCUAAAAAGGAAAUUGGUAUUCAAUUACUACAAAGUUUGUGUGCAGCUGUURCAUACAGGACAAUAUUAUAUAGUGAAGCCCUACAAGUAAGAACCUACAACAGAAGCAUGUAUCUCGGUGAUUUUCAAGGGGUCCGGAUUUCAUGAUAAUAGUUUGAGAUAAGUCAAUACAUAUACAGGUUAUAUGUUAUAUCAUUUAGAAUUUUUAAAACAUGUAUGCCUGCUUACRAUAUGAAGGGGGAGCACUGAUUUCUCUUACAACUUCAUCCCCGAACYUAUACUUUGGAUAUGUUACUUGCAAGUAUUCAUUCCCUUGCUUGUCAUGUUUGGCUGACCUAAGUAGGUUUUCAUUAAA